UUUUCAAUAAAGUUUAAUCAAAUGCUAACCUCGCCCGUUUACUUGGCAACGUUCGAGCUAUCCUUCAUUUCUUUAGCAUAGGCUGCGUUGCCUGAGAGUGGUCUUGUUCUCUUGUUUUUCACGCAUAGCUCCAAAAUGACGGCGACCACUGAGCAGGUGAAGAGGGACAAGUCCAAGAACCAGAUGCGCGAAUUGCGUAUCCGAAAACUUUGUCUGAACAUUUGUGUUGGUGAAUCUGGUGACAGAUUGACCAGGGCCGCCAAGGUGUUGGAACAGUUAACUGGUCAACAGCCAGUUUUCUCCAAAGCUCGUUAUACCGUGCGUUCGUUCGGUAUUCGUCGUAAUGAAAAGAUUGCUGUCCACUGCACUGUUCGUGGAGCCAAGGCUGAGGAGAUCCUCGAAAGAGGAUUGAAAGUCAGGGAAUACGAGUUGAGGAAAGAGAACUUCAGUGAUACUGGAAACUUUGGUUUUGGUAUUCAAGAACACAUUGAUCUUGGUAUCAAGUAUGACCCUUCCAUUGGUAUCUACGGCCUUGACUUCUAUGUUGUCUUGGGACGCCCAGGCUUCAGUGUAGCCGAACGUCGUCGCAAGACCGGCAAAGUUGGAUUCCAGCACCGGUUGAAGCGCGAAGAUGCCAUGAAAUGGUUCCAGCAGAAGUACGACGGUAUCAUCCUCCCCACAAAGAAGGCAUGAGCAUUGUGUGUACUUCGUUCUGUUGCAAAAUACACCGUUUUGCGAAAUCCA